CUUUUAACGACCCAUGGACCGAUAUUGAUGGUAUUCUGAAGGGCGAAGGCUUGACCGAGCCAAAGCCCACGCAGGAAUCAGCGUGCGAGGCAUUCACAGGAAGCUGUGCAGAUGCAGCUAUACUUAUCGAAGACAGCGAAUCGGACACUGAUUCCGAAGAUGAGCUGCCUUCUCUUAACGCAUUGUUCAGUUCGGGCUCCCAACCGGAAGUUGGUGGCACGCCGGUUGCAGAUAGAGUCUGUGAUUCGAGCUCGUCACAAGCGAUAGAGAGCGGCGAAAGUCCGCCGUCUGGACCGAACGGCGAACUGUCUACUGGUGCCGACAUGUCCUGGAGUGUUAGCGACUUAUCCAACUAUUCUGCUAUGGAAGUCGGCGUCUUUGUAGCGGACCAUACGCGACUGUCAUUUGAGAGCCUUGUUCCAUCUACUGAAACGGCCGAAUCUAGCAGCCUGCAACCUUCAGAGGAAACAGAUAGCAUCGCCGACGAAAACUAUGACCCUCUAAUCAAUCCGUCGUUCCUUGAACAGAGGAAGCGGGUCCGUUCCUCCUCCCGCACGACCCCGUCCACCGACAUCGAUGUUGCGCUCGGCACUAGAUCACAACAUCAGAUGGAUAGGCAACCGCCGGAGAAGCCGCGUCCGGCGAAGCGGUCGAGACGAUCUCGUUCCAGCGAGGCGCCACUAUCCGUCACCGCUGUCCCCGAUCCUGGGGUCGACUGUUCAGGGCGGCGCGAGACUCCAAGCAUGUUUCAUCGUGUAGGGAGGGAACAAUCGGGCUCUGUCGAUGCCGAGGCAUCUCCCCAAGACAGUGAUGAGAGAGACGCAGCGGAUACCAGCGCUGGCCCACGACCUGCCUCGUCUCCCCGUGCAAUAAGGGCGUACCAGCGACGUGCGACCGACGAUCCGAUUCACGAGCAUAGCCGGCUAGGAGACACUGCUGACUAUGGUCGUGGCUGUGGCACGGACGAAGAGCACGCCGUGGAUGAUGAUGACCACGGAACAAGGUCGCCGAAACCGCCACCAGGGCGACGGCAUCGAGGCAAGAUCCAACGCAGACGUCGGCCGUUCCAGUCCGAUGCUGAGAGGAACACUCGCACGCUCGCACGGGAUCAGCAGAUUCCACGCUUCUUAAGCAGUCCGCAUCCCGACUCCUCUGCACCGAGAAGAGACGAUAGCGGCCCACAGGACAGUGACAAGAGCGCACCCUUCACCAUGGCCCGGCAUACUGUGGUCGACAUUUCUCUUCGUCCAACGCCGGGGACACUCUCCUGGCAGCUACGAUGAAGGUUGAUAGCGAUAUGCAGGCAAUUUCUUACGGCACGCUGCUCAAGCUAAUAGAGAAUAUUUUGGGCAAUACAGCGAAGAUACACGACAUGACACUCAAACCGCUUACAGCAGGCCAAUGGCUGUUAACCGGGUUCCUUCACAGUCAUUACGUCAACGCCGGCGUUACCACGCGGCACGAGUUUACACCAAAUCCGCGAAGGGAUACUACCGCCGCGACCACUAUCCCAAUGGCCAACACUCCCGACUCAGAGGAUGACAGCAGCGUGGGCGGGAGCGAUAGUAGCGUCAGUGACGAUGAUAUCAGCGAUAAGAAAUACAU